UAAUAGGAUUUGAGGAUCAAUUGGCAUUGCUUUAAAUGAAUUCGCAGCACAUCUGCAGAGCUGUCUAUCUAUAGUAUUUGCUAGCGUGCUAAAUUCAAAAUUUCUUUGAAUUAUAUCCCGCCCAACAGUGCCCGCCCUGUGUAACUAAGUAGCACCGACCCUGAUGUAGAAACCUUUUAUUUCUAGUUUCAUCUACCUGAAGUAGAAGUUGUACCCCUCUUCCCUUUUAGAGUUACGAAAGCCCACAAGUCCUUUCACUUUCACGACCUUCCUUCACUAUCCCCCCACGACAAGAAACAUCAAAGCAAAAAAAUGACCGCCCAAGUCCUAGACAACCUCGGGUUCGCCUACCACCAGCUCCGGGCGAAGUGGUUGGGCGACUCGUUCUCAAGCGAAACCGUGGUGCCCAUCGACAUUUGCCAUGGGACGGGAGCGCCCUUUUCGAGCUUCCUCUCGCCAAUCACCAGUUCUUCUUCUGCGACAUCAUCGUCCAGUUCCAGCUCUAAAAACUCCUCCAUGACCAGCGCACUAAAACUUGCCCUCUACGUCCGCGGCGACAUCAAAGGGAGUCAAAAAGCUAGCUCCUACGUGAAGUUUCACGGUGGGUUUGUACAGAAAGCGUUGCUGUUUGAAGUGACCGAGGCGCUGGAGAGCGGGGUCUGCGGGAAGACACUGGAGAACACCUGCAGCGAAAUUUUGCUCUGCUGUUACCAGCAAAACGCGGUCGGGCGGACGGGGUCCGGAAUUUUGAGGGAACUCUUUCUGGCGCUCAGGGAAAGCGGCACGUUGACAAUAGAGGUAAGCAGAGAUUUUUAUUCUAGUAUGCUUUUCUUGCCUGAAGAGUUUCGAAGUUCUUGAAGAUUGAUGAUAGCACAAGGACCACUGAGAGUGAGACGCCACGUGUGUCUUCAGGACGGACUUUGUUUAUUUCAUCUGCGCUAGAAAAAUGUAGUAGAGCCGCGACUUCUGAUUCGGAUUCAUCACAUCCACAACCCAGACCGCCAUGGACUCGACCCGCGAGCAGCUUUUUGACAUCGAGACGGAAGCAGUGUACGCCGGUUUCCAGCUGAAGCACUGGACUGCGGUCGCCACCGCAAAGGAAUACUCGGUCUUGCAACUAACCUUGGAGAAGCCGAGAAAUUUCGGAACGGUGUCGUUGGUAAAAGCAUUUUCGGGGUCAGAUAAUACCGACACUUCUGUAGCUCUAGCCACACCGGAGCAAACCACGUCCGCUUCCAGCAGUUCAAGCAGCAGUACUCAUUCGGAGCAAGAACUUGGCACGGGGGCGAAUGCUGAAUACGGCUCGAGUACAACUUCACCAACGAACACUAGCACUACUUCUUCUAACCAGGUCGUGAAUCUGACUGGUAAGACGAAAGCGUUCGUGUCGAAACGAACGACGGAUUUAGACGCGAUAAUCAAGUGGCGCCAGACGGAAAUGCGGAAGUUCAACAAACAGCUUGCCAGAACGAAGGCGAAGGUGUGUGCGCCGCCGAAGCCGGGCGACAAGAAGAAGGCUUGCGCGAACUGCAGUUGCGGACGAGGGGAGUUGGAAAAGAAGCACGGCGUGGAAAAAGCGAAUGAGAUGCUCCGGACCGGGCAGGUACAACAACUUGUCGGCUCCUGUUUGAGUGUGGACAGUUUUAGUUUUGUCUCAAGCUACAUAAACACCAGCAAAUGGAAGUACAAAUACAUGUAGCACUGCUGUUGGUGCCUGACGAGCCUGAAGAUGGUCUUCGUCCUAUGUCGAAAACUACUGGUCAAUGAAUUGCAUAAAAAUUCAUCCCAAAAAAUAAAUUCUUUAUCAGGUCGAAUCGAAGUGCGGAAACUGCGCACUCGGCGACGAUUUCCGCUGCGACGGGUGUCCGUUCCGAGGGAUGCCUGCUUUCGAACCCGGAGAGAAGUUAGUUUUGAAGGAAACCACACAGAACGAAACGGAUCUCUUGAUGAAAGCGACUGGUGGGCAGGUCGAUGGCAAUGUGGACUUUAAAUCCACGGAUUUGUGAAGAAAAGGCGAGUUUGGUCGACCACGACGCUUUUUACGCACUGUCGGACAUCAUCAUUUGCCGUGAAUGUUGUCAGUUGGAGUUGCUGAAACGGGACUUGAUUCGUGCCGCUGUAACUUGCGACUUGUUGUGUUUGUGUAGCGAAAAGCGAUGUAAGGGGAAUCUGUAUACCCGUACAACUACUAGUACUAUACACCUUUAUCUCUGCGGACGAAAAAAGAGAGAAACGACUUCUGCGCCGCAACGAAAGCGCCGCCACGAAAGCGGCAAGGAUCGAAGUGUAAAACACGAUUUCAAAUAUAGUUG